CCGGCCGAGUGCCGGCUCGGGCUCAGCCACCCGGUGGGCGGCUGGAGACAGCGUCUGAGCGUGCCGCCGGGGAGCCGUUGAUUUUUCCAGUCGCUCUCUUCCAGGCUCCGCUCGGUGAUCAGCAUGGCCCGUGGAAAUCAACGCGAACUUGCCCGCCAAAAAAAUAUGAAAAAAUCGCAGGAAAUUAGCAAGGGAAAAAGAAAAGAAGAUAGCUUGACUACUUCUCAAAGAAAGCAGAGGGACUCUGAGAUCAUGCAACAGAAGCAGAAAGCAGCUAAUGAGAAGAAGGCCUUGCAGACCAGAGAAAAAUGAUGACUGUCCAUUUGGAAAACUUGGGUGCUACUGCCAGCUGGGUCUACCAUAAACUCUCAGAGAUCAAGGUUUUAUAGAGUGAACAGUCAUUACAUGUGUUAUAACUUGCUGUACGACUGUCUAUUUUAAACGUUGCCUUUCAGUCUGACUUAAUGUAAUGUUUCAAACCAUUCGUCAAAGAAUAAAACACUAACCAUGCAUGUGACAUAUUGCUGAAUUUUUUUAAAGAUUUAUUUAUUUGUUUAAAAGGCAAAAUUACAGAGAGCAGAGGCAGAGAGGUCUUAUAUCUGCUGGUUCACUCCCUAAAUGGCUACAACAGCCAGAGCUGGGCCAAUCUGAAGCCAGGAGCUAAGAGCUUCUUCCAGGUCUCUCACAUGGCUGCAGAGGCCCAAGUCCUUGGGCCAUCUUCCACUGCUCUCAGACCAUAGCAGAGAGCUGGAUUGGAGUGGAGUAGCUGGGACUCAAACAGGCACCCUUAUGGGAUACCAGCACUGCAGGCAGUGGCUUUGCCCAAUAUGCCACAGCACUGGCCCCUGAACAUUGUUUAUCCACAGUGAACCUUCAUAUAAUUUAUUAGAUACAUAUAAUGUGAUCAAAUAAUAGACUUCUUUGUCAUAAAUUGUUAUAUUUUUUUAAAAAAAGAUUUAUUUACUUAUUUGAAAGGCUGAAUUACAGAGCAAGACAGAGACAGAGACAAAGAGAGAUUGAGAUCUUCCAAUGGCUGGUUCACUCCCCAAUGGCCAUAGUGGCUGGAGCUGCACCUAUCAGAAACCAGCAGCUUCUUCCGGGUCUUCUGUGUGGGUGUAGCAGCCAAAGCACUAUGACCAUCUUCUGCUGCUUUCCCAGGCAUAUUAGCAGGGAGCUGGACCAGAAGUGGAACAGCCAGGAUUUAAACUGCCACCCAGGUGGCGGCUUUACCUGCUAUGUCACAGCUAAAUCUUUAAAGCGAAUUUAUUGUCUAAUGGAAUUUAAGAUCUCUUUAUAUAAUUUUGCUUUGUAACCAACUAGUUUACUGGAGUUAACAACAGAUAGUGCAAACCACCUGAAAUAGCAACUAAAAUGCAGACUAAACAAAGACUGAGCAAGAGUUCUGGAGUUUUAUUAAAAAAUUUUAGAAUGAGUGCUAUAUUUUACUC